GCCUCUGAAGUCACAUGGUCCUUUGAGGGCUUGGGAGACUCACACCCUGCACACAGAGCCCACCCACCUCCGGUGCCCAGCUUGACUCCAGACUUUAAUCCAAACAGUAAGGACAAAGGCCGAGGAGGAGAGGGGGGAUGCUGUUGCCCCACGGGGUCCUGUGGCUCUCUAAGCCCCAACUCCUUCUCAUCUCUGUCUGCAGAGCCUUGUUCAAACCCACAGAAAAAAAAGCACCUUCUGGGGGCUGUUGUGUUACCAACCAUGAGUGAGGCUCCGUGCUGUCCCACGGGAGCCGCCUUCCCACGGGAGCCAUGGAGCUGGGGCUCACUCCCAGGGUUAUUCGACUUAAGCAUUCUGGCUCUUUCCUAUCCUUUGCUGCCUCGAAAAGAGCCUGCCCUGCUCGGCUCUGCCGCAAACCCCAUGACCCGGCCCACGCACAUCCCUCUGGACUGGCCUCGUGGUCAGAGCCAGAAGUUCCUGGAACAAUGUUUGGGCUGCUGGGGGCCUCUGAGCUGCCUUCCACCUGAACCCUUGGCCUCUUCAAGACUGGCCGGGAACCAGCAGGAGGCCAAGUCCCAGUGCUGGCUCCAGAUCCCUCCCACUUUGGACCUACAAGACCUUCAGCUCAGAGAGCAGUUCUGCCCUCACCAUACCACACCCGUUCUACGUUCUAAGCCGCAGCACGCAGACGUCAGGAGGCCAAGAUCCAGAGAAGUCAGGGAAGGAAGCUACACUCUGGACCCUGACGUGGCAGCAUGGAGCUGGUCCAGGACACCUCCCGCCCGCCACUGGAGUACAUGAAGGGGGUCCCUCUCAUCAAGUACUUUGCAGAGGGCCUGGGGCCGCUGCAGAGCUUCCAAGCCUGGCCCGAUGACCUGCUCAUCAGCACCUACCCCAAAUCCGGCACCACCUGGGUAAGCGAGAUCCUGGACCUGAUCUACCAGGGUGGCGACCUGGAGAAGUGUCAAAGAGCCCCCAUCUUCGUCCGGGUGCCCUUCCUUGAGCUCAGGGUCCCUGGCCUUCCCACAGGUGCUGAGCUUCUGGAAGAUACACCAGCCCCACGGCUGAUCAAGACACACUUGCCCCUGGCUCUGCUUCCACCGACGCUGCUGGAUCAGAAGGUCAAGGUGGUCUACGUUGCCCGCAAUGCAAAGGAUGUGGCCGUCUCCUAUUACCACUUCUACCACAUGGCCAAGGUGCACCCUGACCCUGGCACCUGGGACAGCUUCCUGGAGAAGUUCAUGGCUGGGGAAGUGUCCUACGGGUCCUGGUACCAGCACGUGCAGGAGUGGUGGGAGCUGAGUCACACCCACCCUGUUCUCUACCUCUUCUAUGAGGACAUAAAGCAGAACCCCAAAAGGGAGAUUCAGAAGAUCCUGGAGUUCGUGGGGCGCUCUCUGCCAGAGGAGACCGUGGAUCACAUCGUCCAGCACACGUCUUUCAAGGAGAUGAAGAAGAACCCCAUGACCAACUACAGCACCAUACCCACCAAAGUCAUGGACCACAGCAUCUCUGCCUUCAUGAGGAAAGGCAUCACUGGGGACUGGAAAUCCACCUUCACUGUGGCCCAGAAUGAGCGCUUUGAAGCCGACUAUGCUGCGAAGAUGGCAGGCUGCCACCUCCACUUCCGCUGGGAGCUGAGUGGUGCUCAUCAGGAGACUUGAUUUCCGCAAUCUUAUCUAGGGCUUUCCGGAGGAUGCUGAGGGCAGGGAGAAGGGAAAGAAGAGGUCUGGAUGAAGCACAAAGCGCAGACUUCCUUUUCUCGUUACGGCAGGCUGGCUAGCUCAGACCAACCCUGAUGUUGGAAACUAUAAACCCUAAGCACGUGUUUUUUAAUCUUAAAAGCAUAAAAGGCAAGAGGAAGUGGCAGGCCAAAAAACCUAAGAGGGUCCUGGAGAGGUAAGCAAAGCAGAGAGCUGCCUUGGCCGCAGUGCAUCCGACAAAUCCUGAAGAAGUGUUGCUGGGUGCCAGCGGACUCUAACAACCUUUUGCGAUUCGGAGGACAGAAGUUAAAACUUGGGGUCUGCCCUAGUGGCACCUGUAAAAGAGACACUCCAGAGGACUGUGGGGAGUUGUCUCGGCUCAGAGCAGGGCUGAGGGUGGAGGGAACUCAUCCCUGAAAGACUGCAGCCCCAGGAAACCUCUGGAGUUCGAUUACGGGGGUUCCAGGGUGGCUGGGACCCAAGCAACCUGGCAGAAGUGCACACAGAUCCUUGCGGGAAGAAGGCUUCUUUAUCCUAGACCUUUGGGAACCUCCCCCAAAGAAUAUCUCAACAGCAGUAAGCAGCAGAGAAGCCAGUUCAGGUCAUCUAUUCUCCAGCACAUUGCUCUCGCAAACCUUUAGUAAAUGCCCACGUGUUUCUGAAGGCCUUGGUUCAGACCCGUGAGAACACAGCACAACAGUGUCACAGGAGGUGUCCCAGAGGGUGUGACUCUUGUGGAUCCAUCAGGCAAAGAAAGGCCAGAAGAUCGGGCAAGGGGCAGCCUUGGCAGAGGGAACUGCGCAAACCAAAGCAGGGAGGGAUGAACACCAUGCUGACAGGCUUGGAGCACUGAAGCUCAGCGUGGCUGGUGUCGGACGCCAGGAUGACUCAGCCAGAGCCACCUCGGGCUUGUGCGUGAGCACUGGUACACGGGGCAAAGCAGAGGAGGAGGUAAAAGCCAGCAGGCCAAAGGGGACUUGCAAAGUCUGAUCAUUGCUGCUGGGCCUGUUUGGAGGACAUCCUUUUACGUAGUAUGUCCUAAGCUGUAUUCUGUGAGAUAUUAAUGGAGUGGUUCUCAACCCUAGCUGGACAUCAGAACGCCCUGGGGAGCUUUUUAAAAAGAAUCCCAGUUGCUUUAAGUAAGAAUCAUCAACAGAUGCCGAAACUAGUGGGUCUGAUGUGAAAUGGGAUAUGUACACAGUCUCCAAGCAUCUCUCAUAAGAUACUUAUUAAUCACACAACGGACAACAGCGAUAACCUGGCACAGGAGAAACCUGGAAGAGCCCACCUUAACCAGUGGGAGUCUUUUGGCCUCGUAAUAUGAUGACGGAGGACGACAUCACUUCCAUGCUAUUACUUCCAAAAGCGUAAAACCUGAAUCUAAUCGUGAGGAAACAUCAGACAAACCCAACUGAGGGCCGUUCUACACUGGCCUGUAAUCUUCAAAAUGUCAAGGUCAGGAAAAGCAAAGACAGCCUGGGAACUGUUCCAGAUUGGAAGAGACCAGAGAGACAUGAAAACUAAACACAGUGCUGAUCUGCACUAUAAAAAUGUUCUGUUCUUUUGCUGUAAAGGUCCUCAGUGGACAGUGAUGAGACCUGAAUAAGAUGUGUAGAUCAGUUAAUAGUUUUAUAUCUGUAAUUUCCUGAUUUUGAGAAAUGUACCGUGGUUGUUUAAGAAUGUCCUGGUUUUUAGGAAAUGCCGACUGAUGUAUUUAGAGGUCAAGAGGCAUCAUGCAUCAUGUCUGCAACAUAAAUGAUUCAGAAAAAAAAAGACUGUAAAUACAUAUAUCUAUAGAGUGAUAAAGCAACUGUGGUAAAAAUA